UACUAUGAUGACGCCUAUUGACGCCUGAGGCUGUUUGGUGUGAUUAUGCAUCAUUUAGUGACAACAUUGAUUUCACUGGAGCGCGUUUAGAGUUUAUAAAUGGCCCAUAAAAAUCUAUGUCGUAUUACAAACGACUUUUUCGAAGCAAUAAACGAAGGCGGAAGUGUCUGUCAGUAAAUGCUGUUGCGGUGCCUGUUCCACUCUCUGGUGGCGGCAGCGCGGCUUUAUGCGCAGGGUGUAUCCUCUGUUUGUAAAUCAGGAAGUUGGCUCAUGCUUGCCCCUCCUUUAUUUCGGUUUGACCGCGGUUGAUGGGGACAGACGACUAGAAGCUGAGUGGCCGUUUGUCGGAACGAUCUCCAGCCGUCCACCGGCUAGCUGCGGUCCUGCCUGGGAAUGGCUAACUCCACAGACCUCCUUGAGCCAGGUACCAAAUCUGAAGGUGGAGACAAGGGGCACUCGGACUAUACUCUCCUGUCCAUCUUGCCCGUUUUCUUUCUCUUGGGCUUGGUCGGGGUGGUGAUCUGCCAUGUCUUGAAAAAGAAAGGCUACCGAUGCACCACGGAGGCCGAGGGUGCUGAAGAGGAGGUUUUCGAGGAAGAGAAAGAUCCUGAACUGGGCGGAGAGAUGAACGACACAUUCAGUGAUAACAAUGACACAGUCGGACAGAUUGUGACUUUCAUCAUGAACAAUGAAGCAAAUUCAGACGCCCUGAAAGCCAUGGUUCACGAGACCAGCAUCGAUUCUGAUGGUCCUCCUCUCACCCCCGUCUCCCCCACCUCGCCGACGCCGCCGCUGACCCCCGUGUCGCCGGGCGCGCCCGCGGCCGCCGCCAAGCACACCUGCAGCCACCUGCACACCAUCGGCGGCGCCAGCGGCCACAAGAACAUCUGCAUCCGCUGCAACCAGAAGAAGUGGCCGCUGAUGAGGAAGCCGUCGACGCACAGGGCGGAGCCGCGGCGCAGCCACCACGGGGAGGUCACGGUCCUCGCCGUCGGCAGGUUUCGGGUGACAAAGUGUGAUAAACCUGUCAGGGAGAGGCGAACUCUGCUCAGUUCUGACUCCAAUGGGGCUGUUCCUGCUUCGUCCACGGAGGCGGAACCCAGGAACCGGACAACAUCGGAGACAGAAAACCUGAACACAGAGAAACGGUAGAAAUCCAGGUUUCCACCGACAUGGCUGAACAUCUGGACAUUUCCCAAACCCAAAUGAGAACAUUAGAACAUGAGCAAAGAGCGAACCAGAGGCGCAGAUUCGGUGCGGGAGUCGUCCCUCCACGUGGUCACGACACACAGGGAGUGUUGCUGGCGAAGAGAAGCAGUGGUUCAGCAGUUUAAUAACUAGACAGGGGUAAGGUGUGUGUGUGUUUCUGGUAGCAGCUCACAUACAUAUUGUCCUGUGUUACAUAGAGGGGCCCCUGGCGAUGUCACGGAGGCCUGAACCAGGGCUCUCCCCAAAUGAACUUAUUAUGUGGUCCAUGAUGUGCGCUCAAAACCACAGCGUCAGUCAGUAAAUUACAAAAUGAAGCCUCCAGGUAAAGAGGAAGAAGAGGAGGAAGAAGGAACAACCUGAUCCAGCCACAGAGCCAGGAAGUAGACGACGGAUGUGUUUAUUAUGAGACGCCAUAAGAGAAAAGCCGCUCUAAUCGCCUGCUGCAACGGCGUGAACGUGAUGUCAAGAUGUUCCCUGUCAUCAGCGAGAUGAAGCCUCACGGCCUCACGCGUUGUCGGGUCAGCGUGUCUGCCUUUAAAAUGCAUUAGCUCUUUAUUAGAGUUGCUUUUUCAAAUUGACCUCUAGUAGAACAUAAAACAUCAUAAAUCAAAUGAGCUCUAAUAUUCAGAUCCAGCGGGCACAAAGUCCAACUUGGAGCCUUUAAAAGCUGCAUUUAUUGUUUUGGUUUAUAUCUCAGAUGUAUUUUACAUCAUUGAUAUAUUUAUAUGUAGGUUUGUGUCUGAUAUUGUUGGCUCAGGUCCGGUUUCUGUUGCUGCAGAAUGCUCCACUUCCAUCUCCAGGUAGCUGCUAAUGCUAAUCUGCCACGCUGCAGGUAACACUCGGAGGAGUGAGAACAGAGACGUGAGAAGACAGAUUCUGAGUUUGACACAAGUGGCCCCCUUUUAAUUUCACAUCUUACCUAAUCAGUUGUGAACCGAAGGAAUCUAGACUGGUGCAACUAUAAGUUAUGAUGCUGCAUGAAGAAAAGUGUACAGUCUUUUUAAGAAUUUGUUAAAAUGUAUCCUUGAUACCAAAACUAUAGUUUUAAAUGCAUUUUAUUAUUAUAUUGCAAAUAUACUGUAUAAUAGGACGUAUAUUAAAGGAACAGACAUUUAACUAGCUUCAAAGCAAAUUUCCUGUAAUUAUUCAUUUUAAUCGAUCUUGUGUGUGAAGGCAAAACUCAACUGAAGCCACUUAAUUUAAGUCUGGAUUAAUCGUGUUACCUUGAGCUGCCUUCAUCAUUGUACAAGCGACUUAAUGUAAGGAUCUCCAGCAGGAUGUAGUGCCUUUCAUUCGGUAGAAUGUUUUAAAGUCUGGCAACGGCUCAGCAAACUGGAAGGUUGACGACGUUAAUGAGCGUUUACAGCAAACGCGUCAUGUCUGUGUUGAAUGUUAUCUCCACAAACACUUUAAGUUUGACUUUAAAUGUGCACGAGGGAGAAAGAACGUGCAAAACGGCCACACCUCAAAGCGUAAUGGACUUGUUGUCCUACUGAGGAGCAUGAGUCCUAGUUCUGAGUUCAUGAGAACCAUUAUCAACCCUUGUCGUGUGAUUUGUGGCUCUUUGGACGGUGAAUCAUGCAAAAACUGGAAGCCUUCACUUUCAUAUAAAUCAUCACACUGAGUCUGAAAUCAGCAGUUUACCUCAACGUAAAGCCACUGAUGGCAGCUAAGGUCCCAGUGAAGAGCCUUUAUCUGACGAGGAGACGACAGACACACAGUAAAAACUGCAUAAACACACGUUUGUGUUUGUUUUGGCUGUUACCUUUCUUUCCUGGUUUUAUUGGCUGUUUAAAGUGAACGGGGGCGGAGCCUGCUCUGAUUCACAUUCAGAUUUAAUGUAUAUGCAGCAUGUGUCGACAUGAGAACAGAAGCAUGGCCCACAGUCUGAAGCAGCCACGUUUGGGGGAAAAAGUAAAUCUCUAUGACUCAACAUUGAGAGAAAAAGUAAAAUCUUUGAAGUUUUUCAAUUUGUGACAUUCAAUAUUUAUUUUUAUGCCUGCACUUUUGACAAUACCCAGAACAAAUCAAGUGUCUACCUCUUUUGUGGAAGAAGUGAGCGACAUCGAGGCUGAAGUCGGAACGCUUGACCCACACCGGAGACUCUCGCGUCUCUUCCAGCUUCUGCUGCUUUGAGUUUGACCCUUUUCCAAAUCUGUAUGUGCUCCUGUGUGUGAGCGCGUCCCUCCAGAGACUCUCGUGAGGCGAGAUGCGAUCAGCCUCGCGUUCAGCCUCAAUCAAAGCAUGUACGCGUUCAUUGUGCCUCCGUUUUUAAACGUACCUUUUGUUGUUCACAUUUUUGGGACCGUGCUUUGUUUUUAUUGUUAUUGUCAUGCCAAAAUAAAAGCAAAUAAACAUGACUGCUACUACACAUCAA